AUGAAGAGGCCGCCCGUGCGGUUUCCCCGCCUUGCGGCCAACAUCGGCGGUCCACAACGAUCAUACAUACACAACUACAGCCCACGACAACCCCGGAUUCCGUCCUCAUAUCGUUACAACAGAAAUUUCACAUCGCUGAACUCCCGACUAUCGUCCUCCCAUUUCAAUCGCUCCGAUUUCACCAGCCAGCCCUUCACUGGAAGCUAUGAAGCUGGACUUCCGACUCCGGGGCCCUUGGGCUCCACACCUGCGUUUGGAGCUCCAAGGUUGACGCCCAGGAUGCUGAAGCAGUAUCUUGAUCAAUUCGUCGUGGGGCAGGAUCGCGCAAAGAAGAUUUUGAGUGUGGCUGUGUACAAUCAUUAUCAGCGCAUCAUGGAGCUGCAGCGACAAGAAGAGGCCGCUGCGGAGAUGAUGGCACAAAGAGAGAGACGAGCGGCCAUGGAGGCUCAUCAUUUAGAUGAUGAGUUUACAGGUCACCAACGAACGAUGAACCUUGAACAACCAAUGCAAGAUACAAUCGAAAGUCGACUGGGUGGCUCGUCAUCGUUUCCCGAUACUUCCUCGACGCAGCUUGAAAAGUCAAACAUCCUUUUACUCGGACCGUCCGGUGUGGGAAAGACAUUAAUGGCCAAAACUCUGGCUCGGGUGUUGGACGUACCAUUCAGCAUGUCGGACUGCACGCCAUUCACACAAGCUGGGUACAUUGGAGAAGACGCUGAUGUGUGCGUGCAUCGACUACUUGCCGCCGCCAAUUAUGAUGUUGAAAAGGCUGAAAGAGGUAUUAUAUGUCUGGAUGAAGUUGAUAAGAUUGCCACCGCUCGUGUCAGUCAUGGUAAAGAUGUCAGCGGAGAAGGUGUCCAGCAAGCUCUUCUCAAGAUCGUCGAGGGAACCACAGUUCAAGUACAGGUCAAACCUGAAAAGAACACCUCUCGACCUGCUGGUGGAGCUCCGGGAUCUUUUCCACCGGGGGCAACGCCAGGCUCCGCUUUCAAUUCACCCUCAACUGCGUCUGGCCCUCCACCACAAAAGGGAGAAAUAUACAAUGUGAGAACGGAUAACAUUCUUUUCAUAUUCUCGGGUGCAUUUGUCGGGCUCAACAAGAUAAUCAUGGAUCGUAUCUCGAAAUCAUCAAUGGGAUUCGGACAACCGGUCAGAGCAUCUUCUAUUUCAUCCGGCAAUAGUUCAUCCUCACACGACGCAAGCAACCAAGCCCCCAUCCCCAUCAUUCCAGGUUCCGAAGAAGAAGCUCUAUACAAGAAACAUUUACCAUUCUUUACAUCAGCAACCCCUCCAACAUCAUCCGAAGAACCCGUAUACUUCAACCCCCUGGACCUUUCAACACCCUCAGAUCUACAGAAGUUCGGCUUCAUCCCCGAACUUGUUGGCCGUAUUCCAGUCACAACUGCACUAUCAUCCCUCAGUCAUUCCAUCUUACUCCGCAUCCUCACCGAACCCCGCAACUCCCUCGUAACGCAAUACGAGACCCUAUUUGACCUCUCCGGCAUCAAACUAAGCUUCACCACCCCCGCACUCCAUAAAAUCGCCUCCAACGCGUUGUCAAUGGGCACUGGCGCCCGCGCCCUCCGCACAGAACUAGAAACAAUUCUCUCAGAUGCAAUGUUCGAAGCACCCGGAUCAUCGGUGAAAUUUGUGCUAGUCACCGAGAAGGUAGCAGACCGACAAGAGAAACCAAUCUACUUCGGCCGUGGCCAGGGAAGUCGAUUCCAUUCCAUGAUUGCCGCCGAGGAGAGUGAUUGGGAGAAUAAGAUGCAGAAAGAUAAAAAACAACGAAGUACUACUAACGGUGGCAACGGCAACGGCAAUGGUAAUGGCAAUAAAUCAGGAAGUAAGGUGUUGAGUUUUGCGGAAUAUAGGAAUCGGGCUUCUACCGCUGGUGCAUAG